AUGAUUUAUGCAUCGUCAGCUGAUUUUGAAUGUCAGUUUGGGGCGCGGUAUACACCGAACUAUCUGGAUGCAUGUGGUAUAACCGUUAUAACACCACCGCAGUACAACAAUCCAUCUUGGGGAGUAGUCGCUGGUCACAGCGAUAACGGGAUGUCACCCUCAGGCGACCCAUCCGACACUUUCAUGAUUAACCAAUAUAGAAACGGAGAUGACAUCGCUACCUUCGUACUCCCAGAUCUCAAAUUGGUCCAGAACUCGGGCCUACUUUCUUUUGACUACAAGAUAUUUUUCCCUGGCGAGAGCACACUGAAUAUCAAUGUGUGUAACGAGCAUAUCCAGACUAUCAAAGGAACCCAUGACUGGACGCGGGCUCAAGGCAUUCUUGUGUAUUGCGAUGGAAAUCCACCAAAGGUUGAAUUCACAGCUGAUUGGAGUCAGGUCAAAGGCCGUGUUGCUGUGGAUAACAUCCGGGUCGUUUCCACUUCUCUUCCAAUCAGGACCAGCAUGAAGCCUUCAGAGCCUACAAGAAAUCCCAAUGUGCCAACAACUAUGAAGCCGGCAACGACCCCCACGAAGUUAAUGACGACAACCAUGAGAGCAGUUGCGACCACGACAAAAACGAUGACGACCAGCACAAAUCCGGUGACAAAUAGUACGAUCUCAAAAAGAUCACCACAUUCGUCGCCAUCCGCACACUCUACCAUUCAGCCGACAGAAUCGGUUGUGACUGUGCCGAAUCGAGGGGGUACGCCUGUUCCAUGGUUGAAAGUGAUUUUGAUAAUUGCGAGUAACAUCGGUGUUUUCAUAAUCGUCCUGCUUAUUGCUUCUCUAAUCAGACGAAAGACCGAACAGAAGACUACAUUUACAUCCAGGACGAUUCGAGCAACCAUCCCGCCAUACCAGCCACAACAAAUUAACGGAACCGGAUAUGACGACACAUCUGUCAGAGCUGGAUCUUAUGACGACACUGAAAUAUACGAACGCGUCUCGCAUUCUUAUACAGAGAUCGAUGAUUACCAGGAACGAUACGUUCCGUUAAGAUUGUCCCAAGUGCAAUUUUAUAGAUCUCUAGAACAGACAAGUCACCAGUAACUGACUACUCUGUCUUCAUGCGAUUUAUAAAAGGUUGUUAGUUUCAUUUGUGUCAGGGGAAAAUUGUAUAAAAUUUUGAUAGGGGGUCUACAUAAUACAAGCUUUGCUUAUCAGUAGGCCCCUCCAUUUUUUUUUAAAUUUCAUUGGUACGUUUCAACCCUGCAUAUGUUAUGCAGUGAAUGCAUAUUCUCAUUUUAAAAAUGAAUUAUUAUGAAAUGUACUUUGAGGAUUUGUCAAAUAUGAAUAUAUCAAUAAAAUUAAAUUAAAAUUAACUUAACUCUAUGAAACACGUCUAACCGUCAUCACCGUUUUUUACGUGAUCGUCUUCUUCUGUGUACACCCAAAUAAAAAAAAGACGAGAAUAAAUUAAUUAAGAAUCAUAUAACUAAUUAAGAGUUAUGUUGCCCUCCUAAAUUUACUUUUUGAUGGCGAACAGUAGUCAUUUAAAUGAAGUUAAGUAAAGCAUAUCAAAUUACUCUUGAUUUGAUUGGAUAAUCGUAUAUAAAGUCCGUGUUAGUUAGAACCAGACUUUACUUAUAAAUGUGUUAUCGAAUCAUAGACUUGACCAUUCCGUAGAACAAUUGUCUUCUAUUUGACUUCUUAGGAGGGAAAUCGCCUCUUUUAAAGUAGAGUCUACUGUAAUAAUGUUCAUUUCUGUUUUCCAACAUGUAU